AUGGCUUUGCAGACACAGGGAUCUGAGAGGGCGUCCGGCGUUUCAAAAAUCAACAUAUUGACCUUGAAUUGCUGGGGACUGAAGUACAUCUCGAAAUACAGGAAAGAGCGGCUAUCCGAAAUAGGCAAUCGCCUGGCGACCUAUACUCCUCAACUCGAUAUUGUCGGUCUGCAAGAAUGCUGGACGUAUCACGACUAUCUGUCGAUCCGAGACAGCACCCGGUCUAUACUUCCAUAUGCAAAGUUCUAUCAUUCAGGUAUCUUCGGCGGCGGGCUGGCUAUCCUCAGUCGCUGGCCAAUCAAAGAAUCCUCCAUGCACAAGUAUCCUCUGAAUGGUCGACCCCAGGCUUUCUUUCGAGGUGACUGGUUUGUUGGCAAGGGUGUGGCAUGUGCAACGAUUGGAUUGCCCGGCGGUGUCAACAUUGAAGUGUUUAAUACUCAUUUGCAUGCCCCUUACGAGAGAGAGCCGAACGACAGCUACAUCUGCCACCGUACGGCGCAGGCCUGGGAAAUAGCUAAGCUCAUGCGCGCCGCGUCGGAUCGAGGUAGCUUGGUCAUUGGUCUUGGAGACUUCAACAUGGUCCCAUUGAGCUUCGCGCAUGUCCUUGUGGAGAGCAGAGCGGGCGUGCAAGAUGUCUGGCGAGCGAUGAAACCUGCAAGCAGUAUUGGUGCCAGUAUCGACCCACCUGAGCAGGAGCGGCGGAAGCGCAUGAAUGAAGAAGAGACUCCGACCGUGGAAACUAGCCUUCAAGAACAUGGCCACACAUGCGAUUCAGUCUUGAACACAUGGCGGUGGGACAAGGCCCAUCAGAAACAAUUGGCACAGGGUCAUGAUCGCAAAGUGUUAGCAUCCGACUUGGAUCCUAAGGCCAAGCGUCUGGAUUAUAUCUUUUUCAGUGGGCUAGGCCAUGGGUGGAAAGUCGCUGAUGUGAAAGUUGCGCUUACCGAAAGGCAUCCGACCCUACUAUGCUCACUCAGCGACCACUUUGCAGUGCAGGCGACCGUUGAGAGAAGUAACACGAAACCGUCGAUGAUUGCCAAGGUCGAAGCUCAUGCGGCUUUGAACGACUCAGACACCCAAGACCCCAGCCUAGAGGUAGCGGGUUUCGACGACAAGGACUUUGAUAGGGCCAUCUCUGCCGUUCCAACGCAGGGGCGAGUCAGCCAGGACUUCUACAAGGACAUUCUUCGCAUGGUUGAAAAGUACAAACUGCGAGAACGCCGACAACGGCGGUACGGUGUCCUGCACUUUGUCGGCGCGUCAUUGACCUCGAUCGGAUGCUUCGUGGCGGUGUGGUGGUCACCCAGGAAUUAUGUGGCCUUUAUACUUGUCUUACUGAGCACCUUUGGUAUCAUGGCUGGGACGCUGCACGGUCUAAUUGGGGGCUUCUUUGUUGGAACGGAGCUGCGAGCCCUUGCCGAGUUGGAAUGGGAGGUGCGUAAUGCGCUGUGUCUUGCAGGUGGUCCAGCCGUGGACGAUCGAUCGCUGGCGCUCAAAGAUUGGUACGAUUGA